AUGGAUACGUUUCGUGCAGGUAUGCGUAAAAAUUUGCUUGUCUACUCGCCAAAGUUUUUCGCUGGUGUGAACAAAAUUUUCACCACGAAUCGCAAUACGAAAGUGCGGGCGCUAGGAAUAGCGCAACCGAACAACCAUCACCAGACCGGCGGUGGCCUCAGUGGCUCACCGGGCGGAAGCAAGCUGGCCGACAACGGUACCAUCACCCUGCCGAAGCCGAUUCUCGGCGGCGGCAGCUCUUCGUCGGCUAACAACGGUGGCGGCAGCUUGGCAGCCGGAAACCUAGGAGGUAAUGGUACCGGCGGUUGCAACGAGUCCAGUGCUCAGGACACGAUUUAUCUGUGCAAUUUUCGCGUGUCGGUCGAUGGCGAGUGGCUCUGUCUGAAGGAGCUGCAGGAUCUCGACAUAAAGGACGGCACGCCCGGCCUCGGUGGUGGCAAUGGCGGAAGCGGCGGGGCCGGCGCUGGCAGCGGCGGCUUCGGCGGCAACGGUGACGGUGAUGGCUCGCUCAAUUCUUUCGGUAUCAUUGAGAACGUAAAGUGCGAAGAGAAGAUUAUCGAGCGCGAUUGGGUUAACUACUACUCCCGCGACCCAGCCUCGAUUGAGCGCAGCAAUUUGGUAAACAUAUGCAAACUCGUGGUGAAAGAACUUCUCGAGCAGUCAAUUCGUUUCGGCCGAAUGCUGGACUCCGACCAUCUCCCGCUGCAGCACUUCUUCAUAGUGUUGGAACACGUCCUUCGGCAUGGUCUUCGACCGAAGAAAGGUUUACUCGGGCCCAAGAAAGAACUGUGGGACAUACUGCAAAGCGUGGAGCGGUACUGCCUCGAGGCUCAGGAUAUUACGUCGUCGGUUCGGGAUCUUCCCACGGUACGAACACACAUGGGUCGCGCAAGGGCAUGGCUGAGGCUAGCGCUCAUGCAGAAAAAGCUAGCCGAUUAUUUGCAGGUGCUAAUUGAACAUAGAGAUGACACCUUGGCUGAAUAUUACGAACCACAUGCGCUCAUGAUGAGUGAUGAGGUCAUUAUCGUCAUUGGCAUCUUAGUGGGGCUUAACGUGAUCGAUUGUAACCUUUGUGUCAAGGAAGAAGAUCUUGACUCACAACAGGGUGUAAUCGACUUCUCGCUCUACUUGAGAUCGAGCUCACGUAAUAGCCCAGACGAUGAGAAUAACGGUGGAAAUGGUGCUGCAAAUGCUAUCGAGGGAAAUCCGGCAACCGGCGCCAUGACGGCCGUGCUGGACCAAAAGAACUACAUCGAGGAGUUGAACCGACAUUUGAAUGCGACGGUGGCUAAUUUACAAGCCAAAGUAGAAUCACUCACAACGACGAAUGCACUAAUGAAAGAAGAUUUAGCCAUCGCCAGGAAUAGUUUAAUGGCUCUUCAGGCAGAAAACGCUGCUCUGAGGCGUGCCUCUCAGCAUGGUCAGCCAUUAGAUGAUAAAACAAACGUUCUGGAUCGAUUCGAUCCGGAGAUGGCGGAGGCACUAGCAGAAGAGCGGAAGAAACGCCAGGAGAUCGAGAAAGAGUUAAAUCUUCAAGUAUCAUUGAAAGCAGAAACCGAAAUGGCAAUGAAACUGUUGGAAAAGGAUAUUCACGAAAAACAGGACACGAUUGUUUCACUCCGGCGACAGCUUGAGGAUAUUAAGUCCAUUAACUUGGACAUGUAUCGCAAACUACAGGAAUGCGAAGCAUCAUUGAAGCACAAAACAGAGCUAAUGUCACGCAUGGAAACGCAGCGAGAGUCGAUGGCCACGGCCAUAGCGCAGUUGGAGAAAAAAUACAACUCGGAAUCAGUCAGCUUGAACGCCCUACAGGAUACUUCGCAAGCGCUGUCACUUCAAGUAGUUUCUUGUGAGCAACGAGCUACACGUGCCGAAGCCGACUUGCGUAUUGAGCGAGAAUGGCGGACCGCAAUGCAAGAGAACGAAGUGAAGCACAAAGAACAGAUCAGCGCUCUUCAAAUGGAACUGCGGCAACUCAGUGAUGAUUUAAAAUUACGCGAUCGUGACAAAGCUGAACUUGUAGAACUUCGCAAGCAAUGGGAGGAAGACCAGCGCACUCUCGAAGAGCUGGGAGUUCAACUCAGUUUAAGUAAGUUGCAGAUUUCGGACUUGAAGGAGAAAGCAACCCACCACAGCAACGAUGAGAAGAAUGGUUCUGAUGCGAGCAACGGAGCCGGAUCCUGGACUCCAGAUAAAGGCGUAUCAAACUGUAAGAGUUGCAGCAAAGAGUUCAGCAUGACCCGCCGGAAACAUCAUUGUCGUUGCUGUGGAAGUAUUUUCUGUUCUAGUUGUUCCGAACACGUGGCUGUGAUACCGGGUGAAAACAAUGGAAAACCGGCGAGAGUUUGCGAUUCCUGCUGGCAGAAAUUGGCAAGUAGCACCGCUCCUGUUGCCAAAUAGGAAAUAAAUAUUUAACUAGCUAAGUAGAGUAAUAGAUCGAAAACAACAGGACUUCCUCAUUGCUUCUUUCGAACACGAAGUUGCAGCAACGUCCAAAAGUUCUUAAGAAGGGCUGAUUUUCGAAGGCCAAUGCCUCUGCAGUGCAAAAUCAAAGUGUUUAACAUGCCUUAUUGACAAAUCGUAUAUAGAACACAUUUUAAACAAAUCACGGAACAACGUCAGAAUUAUUGUUUGUAAGAUAGAAGAAAAAUAUUUAACUGUUGUAUAUGAAUAAUUUAUCAAUUUAAUUUAGAAAAAAAAACAGAAAUAAAAGUUAUGAUUGCUUAUAAAAAAACUUGAAAGUAAAGGCAAC